AUGAAGGUACCUAGCCAGUGUUGCGGUUCCAUAAUGGAGGAAAACUCCAGUUCAGUUUCUCAAAAUCAUAAUGGACCACUCCCAGCUGGUGCUAACGUGUCUGCUACUAAUGAAAAGCACCAAAACAGUGACAAUGCAAGUGGUAACGGCACCAAGGAUCAAAGACCACAAUACUCAAUGCCUGGCAUCCUCCACUUCAUUCAGCAUGAGUGGGCUCGCUUUGAGCUUGACAGAUCUCAAUGGGAGUUAGAUAGAGCAGAGUUUCAGGCACGGAUAGCGUUUUUACAAGGUGAACGGAAAGCUCAAGAAAAUUUGAAAAAUGAUCUUGUGAGAAGGAUAAAAAUGUUGGAAUAUGCGUUAAAACAAGAAAGAGCAAAAUAUCAUGUAUUAAAAUAUGGAACGGAUAUUGGAAGAGACAUGGAGGGUGAUGAAAAACCUCUUCUUUAUGAAGAAACAACCACAGGUGGAGGAACAGAAGGAGGUGGAGGUGAUGAAGAGGCAAUAUUUUCAUCUGUCAGCGAUAUUUCCUGGAAGCAAGGACGUCAACUUUUAAGAGAAUAUCUGCAAGAAAUUGGUUAUACCGAUACAAUUAUUGAUGUUCGGUCAAACAAGGUACGAUCUCUUCUUGGGCUCAAUAACAACACAGAAUCUGAUGAUAUCCAUACACCAGCGGUCAAUGGUACUGAAUGGUCAUCAAAGCAUGGCCGUUGCUGUAGGCGAAAAACUCGAGAUGAUAAAAAAACAAAACCAAUUCGGAUGGCAGAUGCAAUAAUCUUCGAUGCGGAAGCAUCAGUAACGGCUAACUUUGAAUUUCUUGCCAAUGCUGAUAUUGAUAUGGAGGAAGAAGAAGGAGAGGCAGAAGAUGACUUUUAUGAUAAAGAUAAUAAUGAAGUUAAGCAGAAUGAGGAUUCAAGAAUGAUGGCAGAAGAAGUUGAUGUAGAAGCUGAAGAAGUAUUCAAUGAGCUGAAUCUUUUGACAGAAACUGAAGAAUCUAUUCCGAGCUCAAUUAUUCGAGUUAAUCCGGAAUCAGCAAACUGGAAAAUUUUAAACCGUGAGAUGGGAAGAGAUGCUCAGCGUCCGACUGAAGAAGGUGAUUCGGCACUGGGAUUAGGAGAACUAGCAUUAUUAACAGUUAGUAAUGAUGCGGAGGUAGCGUAUGAUAUGACUUCAAAAACAAAAGAAACAUUUAGAAAAACUUGGAAUGCAAAAUAUACACUUCGCUCCCAUUUCGAUUGUGUUAGAGCUCUCGUCUUCCAUCCAACAGAUCCUGUUUUGAUAACUGCUAGUGAUGAUCAUACUCUCAAAUUGUGGAAUCUUCAAAAAACAGUACCAGCUAAAAAAUCAGCAUCAUUGGAUGUUGAACCUUUGUAUACCUUUAGGUCACAUACAGGUCCAGUUUUAUGUCUGGCAAUCUGUAGUACAGGCAGUCGAUGUUAUAGUGGAGGAUUGGAUAGUAUGAUACACUGUUGGUCUGUUCCUUCAGGAAACAUAGAUCCUUAUGAUACUUAUGUACCAGAAGUUCUUUGUCAAACACUUAAAGGUCAUACCGAUGCUGUCUGGGGUUUGAGUAUGUUUCAUCCACGAUCCCAAUUGCUAUCUGUCAGCGCCGAUGGUACUGUUAAACUUUGGAAUCCUCAAAGUAAAAUUCCUCUUCUCAAUACAUAUGUUUCCGAGCAAGAUGGCAUUCCAACUUCUGUAGAUUUUGUGAAAGAUGAACCUCACAAAAUAGUUGUAGCUUACGAAGAAUCAUGUUUAAUAUUUGAUGCAGAAACCGGUUCAGUAGUAUCACGACUUGAAGGCAAUGGAACUAGAGGUGUAAAUCAAGUUGUUGCUCAUCCAAUUCAACCAUUAAUCAUAGCUGCUCAUGAAGAUCGACAUAUUAGAUUUUAUGAUCAUCGUUCAGCCUCGUUAGCACAUGCAAUGGUUGCGCAUUUGGAAGCUGUUACUAGUCUUGCUGUCGAUCCGUAUGGGCUUUAUUUGCUUUCAGGCAGUCAUGAUUGCAGUAUAAGAUUAUGGAAUAUGGAUAAUAAGACUUGUGUACAAGAAAUAACAGCACAUCGUAAGAAAUUUGAUGAGAGUAUUUUAGAUGUAGCGUUCCAUCCGUCGUUGCCGUUUAUCGCUAGCGCUGGAGCUGACGGGCUUGCCAAGGUAUUCGUGUGAGUGAUAAUAAAAUAUUUCAGAUGUGACUCUUUGUUAGAAACGAAUAACGUGAAGCGGUUUUUGUACUCAUAUUCUUUUUUAGAUAGUUUUAUUUGUAUGUACUCUACCCUUCCGAAUUUAUUUGAAUGUUUUAUCAAAGUAACUUCAUUGAUAAAUAGUUGAAAUCAUUGUAGCUAAGUAUAUCAAAGUAAAAAAAAAAUUUCAGCAUAUUGAAAUACUCAUAUAAAUACAUAAAUACAUGAUUAAUUAUUUGAUUAAUAUUUAAAAAAAAGGAAAACAUAGAAAGAGAAAUAUAAAGAAAAAUCUGAAAAAUUUUAAUAUUGAAACGUAAUCUGAACGAUAAAAUCAUUUGAAGAACAAAUAAACUGAUUGUUAAUAUAAUCGUCACUAAAUAAACGUCUAAUCAGUCGGUAGCGUGAAAUAAAUAAAAAGUUCCGACAAAUAGAACGAAGAAUGAAAUAAAUUGAAUAGUGACAGACUUUUAAUGUAUUGGAGGUGAAUUAUAUGUUGAAAGAUACUAAGUAAAUAACGUGGAUCACUGAUUUUUAUUCUAAUUUGAAAUACAGAAAGCCACUGCCGCAGUAGCAUAAAUAUGUUCAUUUAAAUUAUUUAUUAUCAUAAUAUCACAGUUACUGUUGCACUAGCUACUGAGGAUUAUUUGCAAUAAAAAAAAAAGCAUUAAAUGAUGAAUAAAAAACAAAAAUGCAGGUCAGUUGAAUUUUUAUUGACUAAUUGUGAACGAAACAAGCAAGAAACAAAUAUAAAAUAUACAAAAAUAUUAGUCUCCCAUUACACGACUUUCGUGCUGUCCCAUAAUAUUAGCCAAGUUCAACGUACUAGUAAUUCAUAAAGAUCAAUAAUGGAUAGUAAUAACCAUUAUUAUAAUUAAUUAAUAUUAAUGAUAAUGAUAAUUAUACAAAUAAUGAUAAUAAUAACAAUAAUAAUAUUAAUAAUAAUGAAAUAAUUCCUAAGGUGAUUAUAAAAAAUUUAGACAUAAAAUGAAUAACAAUAAAUUAUAAUUGUGUGUUUCACUGUAAUAUAUUGUAUUUAAAAAUAGAAAAAGACGUGUAACUUACUCAUAAUGCAUACAUUUCGUUGAAACGAGCUCUCUGUCUUGUUUUUUAGUAGCUUUUUAUUUUAUUUUCACUAUCGUAUCAUUAAUUAUAAAUAUAAGUUAGUAUAAAUUCAAUUAAAUGAUUAAUCGAAAGCAAUUUUGAAUGCAUGGGCUUUAUCUUAGAAUAAACUGCACAAUAAAUUAUAUAAACAUUUCUUGACUGUAUACGUUUAUGAAAUACACGAAG